UACUAAUUACUACGGGUGUAAGAAAAAAUAAAAACACAGUAAAUAGAUAUAAUAUGAAAUUUUAGUUUUGGGAUUUUUUUUUGUGUGUAAAAAUAAUUGAUCUUAAUUGAAUAAUUUCUCAUUAGUUAGAAGGAGGAAAGAGUCUGACAACUUAUUUGUUCUUACGUUUCACAUUUUAUUUUUUUGAUUCGUUUCUGUUUUUCUUACGGUAUCCGAAACCAACAAGUAUUACGCCUCCAGCCUCCUCUCCUCCUGUCCGACUCUAUUCCUAUCCCCGCUAGCUAACUCUGUGUCUCUCUCUCUUUCCCCGUCGUCUUUCUCAUAAGCAAAACCCUAAUUUCACCUCCUUUCUCAAGAUAUUCAGCACAUAAUAUUUGGGGAGGAAAAAGAAAAUUAAUUUAAGAGGCAAUAGGCCGGAAGAGGAGCUCUACAGCAAUUUCUUUUCACAAUCCUUUCCCCUUUCGCCUUCUCUCUGAUUUUCGCCUCCGCCCACUUCCUUGUGCGGUUGCCUCCCAACCAUUACCAAUCUUCUGUUCCUAUCCAAUUUUGUUCUUCUUCUCUCUGGGAAACGCUUAUGGUUUAAGUCUUUCGGCGCAGGAGCUAUUGAGCCUGCAAUCGCACCCGGUGCUAGGGUUAGUUCGCUUCCCUUUCUUCUCUCUGGCCCGAAAUAUAACCUCCCCUAUUUUGGUGCGUCGUAUACAAUUUCCUGUUGUCCGCCUUCAAACCCUAGAACAUUGCAGUUACACGUAGGACAGGGAGGGUGGGUUGUAUUUGGGACUGUGGUGGGACUGCUAGGGUUUCUGCUCUUUUCGGAGAGUCUUCUCCUUGCACUGAUUCGUUUCAGUGCUUGCCCCCUUGGUUUAGGGUUUUGAUUGGAACAAUAUUGUUUCAUGGUGUUGAACCCUCGUCCGAGAAUCGUGGAUAUUCUCUUGUUGAUGGUGUAGAUUCUUCUUCUGACUCCCUUGUGCUUGGCCAAAUUGUGUUUGGACAUGGAGGCCUGUUGAGUGUUUUCCUGCUGGUGUGUGCUGAUCCAUCAUCUUAGUUGACGAUGGAGGCGUAGGGAAGGUGGUGGUGGGAAGAGAGGCGGGUAACGUUUCAACCUCAAUUCUGCCGUGUUGCAAGCUCGGUUUUGCCACUGCCUUUAUUACUGCGCUCUGGGUUUGCAGUUGUGUUGAGAAAUUUUGCUUUUCAGACACCCUAUACUGGUUAAUAGCUGCGAACAACUUGAUAGAGAAAAGAACAACAAACGUCAAGAGAGCACACCAAAGUCUAAAGUUUUUACUCCCGUUUGGUCUAGUUCCUGAGGGCAAAGGUUGGUUGGUUGCGGAAGAGCAACAACAGUGAAGGUCGGUAAACCAUUAGUUCUGCACAGCAGGACAAACCUCUGGUUUGAGAGGGGUGCUUGAAGUUGAAGAAAACAUUUUCUUCGGUUUUUGUUUCUGAUGAUGUUAAGUGCUUAUCCUUAUGGAAAGAAGUGAACCCACAUUAGUCCCAGAAUGGUUGAGAACUACUGGAAGUGUUUCUGGAGGUGGCAGUUCUGCCCACCACUUUGCAUCUUCUUCUUCUUCGCACUCUGAUAUAUCUUCUUCUUCAAAUCAUUCGAGGAGCCGGAAUUCUAAGAGCACAAGUGAUUUUGAUUCCCCUCGUCUGGCAUUUUUGGAUCGAACAUCUUCAUCCAAUUCUCGAAGGAGUUCCAGUAAUGGGUCUGGGAAGCAUGCAUACAGUAGUUUUAGUAGAAACCAUCGUGACAAGGAACGAGAUAGGGACAAAGAUAGGUUGAGCUUUACUGACCAUUGGGAUCGCGAUCCUUCUGAUCCUUUGGGAAGCUUAUUAACUGUUAGGAAUGAGAAGGAUACAUUACGUCGGUCUCACUCAAUGGUAAACAGGAAACAGAAUGAUGUGUUACCCCGUAGGGUUGCAUCAGACUUGAAGAAUGGAAGUAGCAGCAGCAAUCAUGUAAAUGGCAAUGGCUUGAUAUCUGGUAGUGUUUUGGGAAAUACUGCUCAGAAGACUACAUUUGAGAAGGACUUUCCCUCACUUGGAACUGAGGAGAGACCUGUUGUACCUGAUGUAGUGAGAGUCUCAUCUCCUGGGUUGAGCAGUGCUAUUCAGAGCUUGUCGGUUGGGAGUUCUGCUUUGAUUAGUGGGGAAGGAUGGACUUCUGCUCUUGCAGAAGCACCUCCAGUUGUUGGAACCAGUAGUUCCCCUACUGUUCAAGCAAUUACUCCAUCCGCAUCUGCUUCUCCAACUGCAAUGGCUGGUCUUAAUAUGGCUGAAGCAUUGACUCAGGCUCCUUCAAGAGCUCGUACAACUCCACAGUUAUCAGUCCAAACACAAAGGCUUGAGGAAUUGGCUAUUAAGCAGUCAAGGCAAUUGAUACCGGUGACACCUUCGCUUCCUAAGAGUUCGGUCCUAAAUGCGUCUGACAAAUCAAAGCCUAAAGGUGGUGUGAGAUCCGGGGAGAUGAAUAUGGUCAAGAAUUUGCAGCAGCAACAUCAACAACCUUCUUCAUUUCUUCAUCCCAUCAAUCAAUCUCAUCUUGUUGGGAAGUCGGAGGCGCCAAAGACAAGUCAUGGGAAACUUUUCAUACUCAAACCAGGGCGAGAAAAUGGUAUAUCCCCUUCUGCUAAGGAUGUUGCUAGUCCAACAAAUAGUACGGGAGCUAGACUAGUAAAUCCCCAACAAGCCGCGGCUGCUGCUGCUACCUCAGUCGCUGCAUCUGUAGCUCCAAGAAGCCCAAACAACCCUUCAAAGAUUUUCUCUGGGGGGGAGCGGAAGUCGAAUGUGAUGAUCCCAGGGUUUAGUAUCGAGAAGAAACCUUCCUUGUCUCAGACUCAGAGUAGGAAUGAUUUCUUUAACUUGUUGAAGAAGAAAACCUCUGGAAACGCUUCUACAGUGGUGUCGGAUUCAGCAACUGGUGUGGUUUCAUCUGCUGGUGGUGGCGAGAAAUCAAAUGUGGUCUUGGGUAAAGAAUUGGCUGGUGACGAUGGUGGUAGUUUGAUUACUAGCAACGGUGGUAGUAGUGAGACCUGUGAGGAAGUUCAGAGAUUUUCUGAGGAAGAGGCUGCAUUCCUUCGGUCCCUUGGUUGGGAAGAAACUUCUGGAGAGGAUGAAGGCCUUACCGAAGAGGAGAUCAGUGCUUUCUAUCAGGAGUAUAUGAAACUGAAGCCAUCGUUGAAAGUGAAUGGGCAAAUGCAGCAGUAGAAGCUGGUCGAUUCUCGCUCUGGAUCUGAAGAUUGAAGAUUUUUUGUCGCCGUAUCAUGGGAUGGAAGAUGAGAGAUGCAGGACUGGCAAUUUUGGAUGGGCAGGCAGAUGGGUAGUAGUUUCUCUUUUCUUUUCAAUGUUUUUUUGUUUCCUUUUUUAUUUUUAUUUUGCCGGCAUUGGGAAGAAGCUGAUGUUGUUACUAUAGGCAAGGGGGAAGGGAGAUGGUUUGAUUUUUGAUGGGAAUGAAAAGGGUGGUUUGGGUUGGCAUUUUGCAAAUAGUGCAAUAAAAAAGAGAGUAGUGCCUCUGGUUCUCUUCUUCGCCUGCUGCUGAUGUCUGGGGGGCAAAUUUUUUCAUCAAGUUAUGGUCUACUAGUCUCGUUCGUCCUCGUAAUCACACAGUUGGAUUUUGUGGGGGAUGGCCGGCCUGGGGAAGAAAGAAAGGAAACCGGUAAAGGAAUGGUCGGCGGGUGAAUAGGCCGGAAAGGAUUACAUCUUUUGGGGAUACUUUGGUCCUUUUCUCUUAUAUAAUUUUUUCUUUAUUCUACAAGGAAAGCCUCUGCUUCUUUCUCGUGUUCUUUUGUCAAUUAUUUACGAAGGAAAAGAAAUUUAGAAAAAGAAGAGACAGAAAUUCCAUUUUAGUGUCGCACAUAAUUGUUGUUAGUAGCAAAACUAAACAGCUAAUCCUGGAGCCCAGGAACACAGUGCUCUGAUCUCUCUUCCUCCAUGGGAGCAAAUCUGUGUACUUAAAUCUUGAACUCUUGCCGGGGAGAUGUUUGCGGUGGAAAUGAAUACUGCGGGUAUAA